GAUCUGUGCGCGCUUGCCCGCUCCCGGCGACGGUUCACGUCCAAAAUUAGUAAAUAAAGACGAUGGCAACGUUCGAGCUGCGCGCCGUCGUGUCGUCGUCGUCAUCUCGCCGUCGUCUCGCGGAGGGUGUUUGGUAAAAUGAAGUGGAAACGUGCCGCGCGUAUCGCGACUGUCCAGGAAAGCGCGAGAAACAUCGUCGAGUGACCGGCGACUGACAAACUGUUGGGCUUCGUCUGGCGUGUGCGACAAGAUACGCUCGCUGGUGGACCGGGAUACUUCCUCGAGGACCGCGAGAACGGACGGACGGACGGACGGAUGGUCGGAUGAAACGGGGGAAAGACAGAGAAGGAGAGAAGGAGAGAGAGAGAGAGAGAGAGGAUAAUCCGCGCUCCAGAGUUCACAUCGUAAGAUAAACGCAGGCAAGAUGGUUGUCGGAGAAGCAAGCAUACAUAAUAUAAUGGGAGGGAUGGAGAGCACGGGUGGUGUGCGGCUUCAUAAUCAUAAGCGAAAGUUGAAACAAAGAUUUGAUAUCAUAAAGAAAUUAGGCCAGGGCACUUAUGGCAAGGUGCAAUUAGGAAUAAAUAAGGAAACUGGUCAGGAAGUGGCAAUAAAAACGAUCAAGAAAUGCAAAAUAGAAACGGAAGCUGAUUUGAUCAGAAUACGAAGAGAAAUACAAAUCAUGUCAAGCGUUCAACACCCAAACAUCAUUCAUAUUUACGAGGUAUUCGAAAACAGAGAAAAGAUGGUGCUAGUAAUGGAAUAUGCAGCUGGCGGUGAAUUGUAUGACUAUUUGAGCGAACGCAAGGUUCUAAGCGAACACGAAGCUCGGAGAAUAUUCCGGCAGAUCGCCACUGCCGUUUUUUAUUGCCACAAACACAAAAUCUGCCAUAGAGAUCUGAAACUCGAGAACAUCUUGUUGGACCAAGUCGGAAACGCCAAGAUAGCCGACUUCGGUCUUUCGAACGUGUUCGACGAGCAACGAUUGCUGAACACGUUCUGCGGCAGUCCGUUGUACGCGAGUCCGGAAAUUGUGAAAGGAACUCCUUAUCACGGACCAGAAGUGGAUUGCUGGAGUCUAGGCGUUUUGCUAUAUACAUUGGUUUACGGUGCUAUGCCCUUCGACGGGUCUAAUUUCAAGCGACUAGUCAAACAGAUCUCACAAUCUGAUUAUUUUGAACCCAAGAAACCAUCUCCUGCCUCGCCGCUUAUAAAAGAGAUGCUCACAGUCUGUCCGGGCAGACGCGCCGAUAUUGAAAAAAUUUGCACUCAUUGGUGGGUGAACGAGGGCUAUGAGCAAAAUUGUCUCGAUAUUGCCGAGGAUCUGGCUGCUCAGACUCCUGUGCGUCUAGAUUUGUUGCUUUCAUUAGUGCCACAGUCCGCCAGUGCCGAAAAGCUACUGGUGGGUGAUCAGCAGGCGGGCGGAGACGUUGCGAAUAAUAUGUCUUCUGAAACGCUAGUACCUACCAGGUGCCAUUCGGUUGGUAGCUUGAUGGAACUCGAUCAGAAUAAUUCCGAUAGAAGAAUAAGGGAGUUGUUUGAAGAGGAACCAAGGUCUUCCGCGGCUGGGGACGCCAAAAGAAAACUAGAGACAACUCCGUCGAUGGACGAAACGGCCGCGGCAGGGGUGAAGAGGAAAGAGAGAUCUAGGAGAAAAGAAAAGUCAGAUGACAAAGAAUCUAGAACCUAUAGAUCUGUGUCGAGGCAUCAUUCAGCUCCAAUUCCAAAUGCUAUAUCGGAGGAGGCAAUGGAGGUGGAGCCUGCAGCCAUUAUAACUGUUCCUACAAGUAAAACUGCCGAUUUUGAUAGAGCGGAAGGCGUGGCAGCUUGCUUAGAAUUAAUUGAAGAAUCAAAAGAAAGAUCGCCAAGUAAAGAAAGGAGCAAGACACCAUUGAUGAGCGAACAAUCAUGCGAACCAAUGUCUGUCGAAAAUGUUCAAAUGUAUGAGAAAUUUUAUAAUCAAAAACCUAGUAAUGAGGAAGAUAAGUCUCAACAAAAGCAUACUAAAUCUCCUAGCAAAAGUUUACAUGAAGAUGCAGAUACUGCUUCGAAAAGCGCAAAUAAAACGAAUGAGAUGCCGCUUGACAAGAAGUCAGAUGCCCUAGAAUCAAAAGUGCCAAAUGAAAAUAACACAAAUAUCAGAAAUGAAGCAUAUUUGUCGCAAGAUAUGCAGCAUUUCGAACCAACGGAGAACGACUUCAAGAAGCUCAAAGAGAAGGCACUCUCCUUGGACUCCGAGCUGUCAAAUGAAGUGAUAACUGCACUCGCUAAACCUGUUGAAAGACGGCGUUCAAAGAUAUUUGAGACCGCCGAGAAAUUCAAUCAGUUGGCAUCUACCGCAGAAAACGAGAAACCCAAGAAGAUAUUUAUUCCUGGUGUUAACGUGGGAGGCGCGAAACGAGCCUUUGAACGGAAGGCCAGUCUCUCGUCCAUAACCACGCCAUCCCCCACAAAGGUCAGCGCGUCUAAAGUUAUUAUCGAUGUACCAACCGACAAGAAAGGUGAGAAGGAGACGGAACAAAAGCAGACGAUAGAAGGUCAGGAAACCGCGACCACGGAAGAUAGAUUGAAUAAACAAGACGAAGCGAAGAAACGUGCCAUCGAUAUCAUUAGUGGCGCGAUCGGUAAACCUCCGAUGCAAAAAAAGCUGAACGGCUCGCCACCAAUAUCGCCUCAAAACUCGGACUCCAAGAAAUUGCUCGGAUUGAAGAUACAAGUCGCACCGAAUGACAUGCGAUCGGCCACCAUCUCUGUUUCGACGCCAGUUGAGACGAAAUUCGACAGCAAAUUACCAUCGCAAGCAACCAUAACUAGUACGUCAGCUGCUACCAAAAAUUCACAGUUGGAGGAACCUAAGAUGUCGAGUAAAAUGGAGAUAACAUUAAAGAGCGCAACGUUGCCUAGGCGAAAAACUAGCAAAGCCGAAAUUACAUUAUCCGGGACCAAACCGUCGGAAACUGUAGCGUUUAAGUCCGAGGUAGAAGCUAAGAUUGAUGCUUUUCAACCGCAGAAACUACGCACGCAGAGAUCGGAGGUGGCAUUUCCGGUCGCCGCGGUGGGGUUGCCUCGUGCAAAUAGGAGCGCGAGCUUAGAACCAGAAGUUAGGCUCCAGGCUGCACCACCGAGGGAAAGAAUUAUACCAAUUCAGGUGGAGAUGGGAUCUGAACAGCAUUCGACUACACCGCCGCCUAAACCACUAAUAUCUCAGAAAUCAAUGUCUCAGCGAUCGGGAUCUUUGUCGCGUCAAUCAACUGCAGAUUCGGAUACAGACAGCGCUCUCGGUUCAACAGUGGGUCCGGAACCGAUCAGGAAGAGUCCUAGGGAGUAUAUAAUUCCGAUCGCAGUAGAGGGUGGUGGUUAUGUCACUCCUAGAUCGGGUAGUCUGGAACCAGAGAGCAAGACCAGCACACCGACGAGCACGAAUCCGCCGAGAUCCCGAUUCGGUAGACCGAGAAGAAUGAGUUCUCUCCUGUCGGAUGCUAGCGAAGACGAGUCUCCCUUCUCUUCAUUGCACGGCGAUGAUCUAUUACAAAGACAUAUGCAUCGGUUGAGGAGUUCGCGGCCGUCCAGGCAAUCAACCGAGCAUGCUGACAGCUUAUCGUCCGGCGAGGACGACGACGACGACGGUUUCGAGUUACUGACGGCCGAAAAUCUGUUUUCAACCUUAUUAUCUAGAGUGCGAAGUCUGACGCAACGACUCAAUGUCGAUGACAAUCGACCCGGUGGUUUUCCAAGUAGCAGAUUGUUCAGCCGACUGGGUUCUCAACCAACAUCGCAAGCGUUUUGGAGUCUUAACAAGCCGUUGUCUAGCUACGAGAGCUAUGUCGAAACACGGACCAUGACUACGCGACUUUCGGAAUCGCAGUUUAAACAUUCUCUGAGUCGGGACGCAGAUAUGUUCUCGAGGAGAGAUUCCGCCAGCACUUCCAAUCCCGGAACUCCGAAUAGCCCUGGAUCGCGCAGUACACCUUCCAGGGAGAGCGUCUUCGAAAUCGGAAGCAAUACGUUGCCAAGAGAUAGAGUAGAGGAAGUUCGCAAGCGAGAUAUAGAAGCGGAAACGGCUCAAGUCAAGAAAGAGACGCGAGAGUCGUUGGAGCAUAAUUUCACUCCCAACUUGGCGCGCAGAUUGAGCAGGCAAUUUAUCGAGCAGACCAGGCAUUCGAUACCGCGAUCACCAUCUGUACCGCGCGACAGCAGCAGAUACUGUCGGUCACCGACGAGGGAAACGCCGGCGAGAAGCUUGAUCGGCGAGAUUGGGAGAUUACAGCACUCGGCGACGUCCGAUCAGACCGAGUACAGGGGUAGAUCACUCGAUCGGGGUGGUAUUAGGAGGACCAACAGUUUGCUGGAGCCAUCCAGACUUGACAGAUCGAUGGAGCGACAUUCACCGCGGAGAAGCAUCAGUUUGUUUGACGACGACGACGACGACGACGAUGGCAGACUGUUGACGUCGCUACCGAAGCACGUGAUGACACUCGGACGGAAAUACAAGGACUCUGCUAGAUCGAGCAUCAUUGGUAACGUAAGACGAGACAAUUUUUACAAUUACAGGACAACGGAUAAGAUCCAGGAGGAACCCGGCGACGACGCGUAUCUCGUGUCUGGCUGCAAGGAAGAUACCGAUAAUGCUGCUGAAAACGGUUCUGUGUCGGAAAGCACUUCGAUAUCCAUGUGUAACUCGAACGCCAAUCUGAUAGACACCACCACUACCUCGAGCGGCAUAUCAGCCAGAUCCUGCGAGACUUCGCCUACAGAAUCGUCAUCCAAUCUGGGCGAUUAUACGAGCAAAUCGAUCGGCAAGUCCGAUCACACGUCCAUGAGCUUCGAGAAUCGCCUAUUAGCGGCGGAAAAUCUGAUCAAGGAAUCAAAACUAAGGAAUCUAACACCGCAGCGAUUCAAUCCGAAUCUCAGCUGUAAUUAUAAGGACACGGACAAAUGCGAUAAGGAGGCACUGAUUACCACCUCACCCCCGGACUUGUCAUCUAACUCCAUCACAUCCAAGAGACGUAGCUGCAUCCCGAGUCUCAGAUUGCGUUCAGGCUCGUUAACUAGAGAAUCGAGCGUAAACGCAGACUACAGGAAGUCAUUCAGUGGCUCGCAAGACGCGCUGGCUGGAAAUGCAACUCAGGAAAGAUCGAUAUUGAGCAAGUUCUUUAGAGGCAGCAGUAAAGAGACUGAAUCUAAGAACAACAACAAGCAAGAUCAGAAACCUAAACAACAUCGGAUCUCACGCUUCUUGCGACCGGACUUUUUCGACACACCACGAGAGGAGAGUCAAUACGUGAAGGAGAAAGAGGCGCAGAAGGCAGCAGAGAACGAGCGCCGGAAAUCACGAUUUAUGAGACGAAAGAGCGAGAACAAGAAGGGCGAAAGCGCGAAGGACGAGAAGAUCUGCAAGGAGCAAAAGAAUGAAAUGAACGCGUUACAAAAGGAUAAACUGGACAGUGUUGUCGCCUCUUCUGCCCCUUCCUCCUCUUCUUCAGAGACCAAGCCCAAGAACGAGGAUAAAGAGAAAGCGAAGGUGGAACGUGUCUCGGGUGCGAAGAGCGGUUUCCUGCAUUCAUUGGAGAAGAAGUUGGAGAGGCUGCGCGUAAACGACGAGAUGGCGGGCGCAAAGUCGACGACGAUAAAUGCCAAUGAUCGGAAGGAACGCGAAUGCUCGGCGCCGCCCAUCCCGUGUUCAUCCGUGGAAUCGACAGGCGCAAAGAAGACACUGAGUGUGGAGAAUCUAUCGUUGAACAAGAAUGCCGAUGUCAAAAACGUGCCAUCAGCCAAAGGAAGGGUGACAUCGGUGUUGGGUUUGUUUAAGACAAACGCGGACGCGAAGCAGAAUAGCAGCGGCCGAUCGCAGAACGCAAUCAUGAGCAGGUUGAAGAGAAGCCCUCCCAAAUGCGCCAAGUCGGUCGAAUCGGAGGAAGACAGCACAACGAGCAAAAUACCGACCAAGUUCGCCAGAGCCGAGAACAAAUCGGGGAAGAAGAUACCGGAGAACAAGAGAUCACCAGAGAAAGUCAGCGAGUGCAAGAGAUCGCCGCCCAAGGAGAAACCGAGAGAAAAAGAAUCGAUCGUUAAAGAGAAGAAACCUCUGAUGGAGAAGCAGCCGAGGGAGCUUAAAAAAGCACCGGAAAAAAUCAUGCAGUUGGACUCUUCCGCGGAUAAAACAAAGUUACAGAAAGCGGAGUCACCGAAAAAAUUAGUGGACGAGUCGGACCCUCAGAAAAUCAUAGAUAAUAAACAUGCGGAGUCCAUUAUUAGUGGCGAAGACAAGAAACUGAUGAAGACCAAGAAAAAUAUUAAUUCUCUAGGUAAGAAUGGAUCUAUCGCGAGAAUUGACAAAAGCGAGGAUAUUGAUAAAAAGAUUAAGAAGCCGGUGAAAUUGAAGGAAAGUACAGAAAAAGAUGAUAUCAACGGCACUAAGAAAAAGAAGAUAGUGCGUGUCGUGAAGAAGGUCGUGAAGAAAUCGUCCGAUAGUUCGGAGAGCAAAUCCGAUGAGAAGGAGAGAUCAUUGAAGCCAUUGAUAAAAAAGAGACUAAUAACAAAGAAGGAGAAAAGUCCCGAGGCGUCGAAUGUCAUAGCACAAGAUGAGGGAAACAAUCUUGACGAUCAGAUUGCCUCGAAAUCAUCCUCUUUAAAACGGACGGAAUUGGACAUUCAGAAAACAUCGUUUGCGAAGUCUGACAAUCAUGCUAGCGAACAUCUUACGCAAAGUACAGAUACGUCAUCCAAAGUCGAUGUUAUAGAAGACCAAGCUAGACCGAACAAAUCCGCACACUUGUCGUCCAUCGAUCAGACUAGUACUGUGCUUCAGAACACUUCCAAUUCAAAUGUCAAUCCGACUAAACAAUCACCGGAUCAACAUCGGCCGAGUAGAGCAGGCCUGAAACUCGAUCUGUCCAAGAUUCCACAGCACACGUUCAGACACACGACUCCCAAGAGGGACUCGCCCAAGUCCGGGUCGCCCAAAGCGAAUCCCGCUAUUGGAUCGCCUAAGACUGACGUUCCUGUGGCAGAAAGUGGCGACAAAUUGAUAGAGUGUCUGUCGAGGAUGACGCAUCACGCUAACAUCACCGGCAACAAGAUCAUUAUCGAUAAGCCUUUGCGUGCCAAGGAUGUCGCUGAGCUGAAGCGAGAAGUCACCGAGUGCGUCAGGAUCAUGGAGAAUCACAUAGAGUCGCGAAACGAUUGCUCGAGCUCGCAAACUAUCGACGAUUAUUCAACGUUUGAUUCGAUGAGUGACGAAAAGCCGAGAGAGAACGCGAUAGGUCCGCUUAAAGAAAUCAGCGACACGAACAACGCUAAAAUGACUAAAGAGUCGCCAUCGGAAGAAUGCUUGACCAGCGAAAUGUUCUCGCCUGAAGAACCGGAGAGCUUUGAUUCCUGGUCGAUCUGUUCGGCUGACCUGAAUCACAAUCGCGGUGAUUUGCACUCGCCACUGUUAUAUUCGCCGACGUCGCCGACGUCGUAUUCUCUAUUCACGCGCGGCGACAGCUCGGAAUCGGUGAUAGACCGAAUACGAAGGCGCAGUUUCUAUUCAAGGUUCAACGAUAGGAAGAGGCCAUCUCUGACUGCGCCACCGCCAGGAGUGACCAGCGCGACUCUGCCCAGGAGAUUCAGCCUCAAUAGCUCCAGGGAAAGGGAGCGCAGCAGAUUGUAUUAUGGCAUUUCUAGAACAAGAUCGGACAAUAGAUACGGUUUAUACGAUGAGGUGUCCUCCAGAAAAUCGCCGAUCGACCGAGAGAGAUACAGCGACGUGUCCUCGCACGGUCAUUACAGUCCAGAAGCAAAGUCCCUCUACGAUCAUUAUGUACCGUCUUCCUCAUACGAUUCCUCGAAGAGAUACGUGAAGUCGCCAACCUCGGAUCUGUGCGCGUCGCGCGUUAAAUAUCACAGUACGGACGUCAUCGCGGACAACGAUCUCGCGGUUUCAGGGUACAAGAACAUCACCAAGUCAAGAUCGUCCCUGAACGACGGCGGUACAACGGCGGAUUUUUAUUGCGGUAGGAGCGCAUCGACCACUCUGCCGAAAAAGUACGGCUCCACUGUUAGUCGUCUGGAACCGAAAAGCGUGGAGUACUACGAGGAGAUCCUGUCGCCGAGCAAUCCAGACUAUUUGUCGUCGCGUGACACCUGCCGAUCACCGUUGCUGGACGGUUACUUGAGCAGAUGCGAGAACGGAUAUCACAACAACGGCAAUAUCGCGGAUCUAUCGCAAUUCGGCGCCGACAGGCAAAGAUCCUACGCUGAUAGGAUGGCGGAUGUGGAGUUCGCCGAAGGGAACAGCAAGCUAUUCGAAACAUAAUGCAACACUUCAGUGAAAGAAAAAACGUAUCCUCGGUGCUGCAGAUAUAUCUUUUGUUAUGGAAAAAAACUGACUUUUAAUUCGGAUAGAGAAAGUAAUUUUAUAAGAAUACACUGAAAAUACAGGAAAACGCGGCAUCUACUAUUAUACAACGAUUUUAUAUAAUUAGAUUUAUAAUAUAUCAGUGAAUCUCUCAUUGCGCGUCAAAGUGUCUCGCGCUUCUUUAUCACGAUGAUGAAAUAGUCGCGAUGACAAAGGUGG